GUCCUUUCAAUCAUUAGCUGCCAGCAAUGGCAAACUACGGUGCAGUUUGAAAGCGCCACAGUGCGAGCCCAACAAGUGUCCGACGAGGACCUUCCACAACCAUGAAUGGUUGCAAGGCUCAAGCGUCUUCUUCUUCUCCUCCUCCUCCUUCUUCUUCUGCUGCAGGAACAUUUGAACAAGGGAAAUCCGCGUGGAUCCAAGACAGCUCGUCACAAUGCCAGGAGUUUGUUUGGAUGGACGAGGAACAAGUACAGCCCGCUGGAGAGCCACUUAAACCGUUCAAAGGUAACACCGGUGGGGAAGCGGACCAUAACAAACUCAUGUACAGCGUGACGGAGGUCCCGCCCUGGUACCUGUCCAUUUUCCUCGCUGUCCAGCAUUACCUGACGGCGUUCGGCAGCAACAUCGCCAUCCCACUCAUCUUAACGGAUGGCCUGUGCUUGCAGCACGACGGCCUGACCCAGAGUCACCUCAUCAACACCGUCUUCUUUGUGUCGGGCCUGUGCACCAUUAUGCAGGUCACCUUCGGCAUCAGGCUUCCCAUCCUCCAGGGGGGCACGUUUGCCUUACUCUCCCCAGCCUUGGCCAUCCUGUCUACGCCCGAGUUCCAGUGCCCCUCCUGGACCCAAAACGCCAGCCUGGUGAACGCGUCCUCGCCCGUCUUCAUUGAAGUGUGGCAGACCCGAGUGAGAACGCUGCAGGGCUCUAUCAUGCUGGCCUCGCUCCUGCAGAUCCUGGUGGGUUUUUCCGGCUUGGUGGGCUUCCUCAUGCGCUUCGUGGGACCCCUCACCAUCGCGCCUACCAUCGCGCUCAUCGGUCUAUCCGUAUUCGACGUGGCCGGAGUCAGGGCGGGCAGCCAUUGGGGAAUCUCAGUCAUGACUGCAGCCUUGAUCAUCCUGUUCUCCCAGUACCUACGAUUCAUCGCGCUGCCAUUUCCCACAUACAGCAAGGCCAGGAAACUGGACACCAAAAAGUUCUACAUCUUUCAGACAAUGCCAAUUCUGCUGGGCAUCACCGUCUCGUGGUUAGUGUGCCACCUGCUCACCAUCUACAACGUGCUGCCAUCAGAACCGGACAAAUAUGGACACCAGGCCCGGACGGACGUGAAGGGGGACGUAGUUGGUCAGGCUUCCUGGUUUGUCCUCCCUUAUCCCGGCCAGUGGGGCACACCAAAGGCGAGCCUGGCAGGCGUUGUCGGGAUGAUGGCGGGUAUAGUGUGCUCCAUGGCAGAGUCGGUAGGCGACUAUCAUGCGUGCGCCAAGCUCUCGGGCGCGCCGCCUCCGCCCAAGCACGCCAUCAACCGGGGAAUCGGCAUGGAAGGGAUCGGCAGCUUGUUGGCGGGGGCCUUCGGCACCGGCAACGGCACCACCUCGUUUAGCGAGAACGUGGCCGCCCUGGGCAUAACCAAGGUGGGAAGUCGAAUGGUGAUUCUACUCAGUGCGGUUGUCAUGAUCCUGAUGGGGGUUCUGGGUAAAAUUGGAGCCGUCUUCUCCACCAUCCCUAACCCCGUGAUCGGAGGGAUGUUCCUGAUCAUGUUUGGUGUCAUUGCUGCAACGGGGAUAUCUAACUUGCAGUCAACAGAUAUGAAUUCCUCCAGGAACAUCUUUGUGUUUGGUUUCUCCUUGUUUUCUGGGCUGGUCAUUCCCACUUGGAUUGCCAAGAAUCCGGGUAUCUUGGCCACAGGCCUACCUGAAGUGGACGCCGUGUUGCAGAUCCUUUUUAGCACUCAUAUGUUUGUUGGAGGCUUCCUGGGGUUCUUCUUGGACAAUACCAUUCCCGGUACCGUACGUGAGCGUGGACUGUUCGCUCUAGACGAAGUCCACCUAGACAACUCUGGUACCAUGGAAACUGAGGACAUUUACAACCUACCUUUCGGUAUCACAACCAGGCUCCUGUCACGGCCUUGGGUUCGCAAAAUCCCGUUCUGCCCUUGGCGAGGGCAAGACACUAGGUGCAAGUCAGACAAAGGCACAUCCAAGAAGACAAGUACAGAGCAGGAACAAAUUCUUUGAGUGACUUUUGAGGAUUGCCUAUAAUGUACCGUACAUUUCGGUAUACCAUACUUGUUUAAACCACAAACAUUCUGGUUUUAUCUCUGAUUUGGCUUCUACACUUUGGACAAAACUGUUUCUUUUCAAGUCUUCGAAAAGCUGCGAACAUGUGGUGGAACCCUCAAAUGUUCUGCUUUUGUUCACUUGCCUCUCCUUUGGAACAUACUUUUACACCUUAUAUCUCUCAUAAAAAGGAUCACCAUAGCUUAUUACUGCGCUAGAACCCAUAUUGGUUCCAUCGUACUACCUUUGACUUAAAACCAUACCUGUGGCUUUUGGGCACUGGAAGAAGUACAAACAUGAACUGGUAUCCUUAUAGGUCCUGCAAAAGACCGAAGUGUACAACUCUGACUUUGUGGGGGGGCAUAUACCAGUAUAUUUUGCCUUACCAUCCAUCCAUCCAUCCAUCCAUCCAUUUUCUACCACUUCUCUGGGUCGGGUCACGGGGGAAUUAGCUUCAGCAGGGAUACCCAGACUUCCGUUUCCCCAGCCACCUCUUCCAGCUCUUCCUGAGAGAUCCCGAGGCGUUCCCCCUGGCCAGCCGAGUGACAUAGUCUCUCCAGCGUGUCCUGGGUCGUCCCUCUGGUCUCUUUCCAGGACAUACCUGGAACACCUCACCAGGGAUGUGUCCAGGAGGCAUCCAGAUCAGAUGGGGUAGUAUCAUCAUUGCCUCUGUUUUACCCCUGACACCUCUUGAGAAAAAAAAAAAAAAAAAAACCCUCAAAAAGUCUGCUCAUCUACCCUCGACUUUUUCUAUGGAAAAUUCAUGUAACAUUUGGGUCAUGGAAAAAGGACAAAACACGGUUAUUUGAUAAAAAGUUCGACUCUCCUUGUUUUGACUCUUCUUUGGAACAUAUCAACUGUAUUUGUUGUUAUUUGGCAGUGGAAAAGGUAGAAACAUAGGGCUGCACCCUUACAGGUUCUGCUGUUCUACCCGACUCUAGAACAUAGCUUUAACUUUU